AUGGUACCUGGUAAAGUAGUAGAUGCAGGAAACAACCGAAACGGAGCCGCAUCUCCUGGCAAUGAUUUGCGGAGGUCACCGUCUGGAAGGCUUGUUGACGGAGAAUCUUCAACUGACACGACAUUGACGACUCGCCGCGAGUACCAACAAAGCGACAGACAUGUUAACCAUCGCGCCAUCAUGAUCCAGCAGAGGCGAAAGUGGGCAUCGUCCCCGUCUAAUGUGACAGCGCCGAAACCAAAUUCGCAAAGCGUGUCUCAGUCUCAUUCAUACUACAGCCUUCGCUCCACGUCCGUUCUCGACCGCACGGCAGCCACGACUCGGCCACAGCGAUAA